AUAAUUGUAAAAUGGCGGACGAUCGAAGUCCUCGGCGUCGGAGGAGAACCUUUUCCACAACUUCUACAAUCUCCACGGACGAUUACCAAGAUGUUAACGAGCAGAUCGUAGAGGAUAUCACGCUAGACUUUUUCUACAAGCCUCGGUCGAUCACGGCUCUUUCGUGUAUGAUUAUUUACCUUAUUUAUUCAGCGUUUACCAGGUGAGCGGGUACUUUGUAUAAAGGUUAAAGGAUUUGUUAAGCAUCUUUCUUUAACGAAGAUUGUGCAGAUUUGUUAAAAAAAUGUAAGGAGCAUGGAAAUACUUGAAAGAGUUACAUUUUAACAAAGCAUUAACUGGCCGCCUGCAAGCUUAAAUGCGCUUUUUGCACGGUCAUGUGUUUUAUAAGUGCUCAGCUAUAAUCAACGUUAGUUACGCCUGAGCUUGUUCGCCCACGUUAAAUUCAGUUACUUUUUUUAUUUCAAGGCACUUGAUUUAUAUCGUAGCUUUAGGGGAGACUGUUGGUUUUUGUGAUCAUGAUUCUCAAUAAUAUCAGUUAUCAUUUUAUUUUUGGUAAGAUUUGGUCGGUGGAUAAUUAAAGCUUAAUUUCGAUUCUUCAUGUACGUUACGCUUCAAUAAGCUGAACAUUAAUUUUUGUAUAACAGUUUGUCGCUAGCUAAUUGUGCUGUCAUUUUAGAUCUUCAAAAUUAUUUUUCCACGGAAAAAAAUUUUCAUCGUGAUAUGCAUCAAUUUAUGUCUUGACUUGUUGAUUGGGAUUGGCCCACGUUUCAGAUUGUUUUUCAUAUCUUAUACAUAUAUAUUAUAACAGCUACAUUAAUAAUACAUGUCAAGAUAGAACAUGAAUUUAUGUUUAAUAAAAAUGUGUCUUUUAAUCUCAGACGGAUAAAAAUAUAUUAUUUUGAUGAUAUAUGAUCCCAUGUGGCUCCGAUAUUGUUCAACUGUUUUUGUGGUUGCAAACGAAGGAUAAGUCCAAUGUCCAGCCAUCUAAACAUCUCUAAACAAGCUUGGAAAUAAAGGAUUUGUUACUGAGCCAAAAGAAUACUGUUUUCUUACAGAAAAAAUGUAGUCAAUACCAAGUAGGCAAGAUAGGUUCAUCUUGCCUGCUGGGACAGCCAAUCAGAAUAGUGCAUCAUGAAACUUUACUUGAAUCAAGAUUAAAGAUAACUCUUCUGUGCCCAUGGCAGGCCCAGGCUCACAACAGCCUCCUAAAAACCAAAUUAUAAGGAUUGCAAGGGAAUUGAUUGAAAGUUCAGUAAAAUGGUUUAUACAUUGUGCUCACUGUCUGUCUUCUCAUUAGCUAAACGCUUUCAUUUAAUUUUGGAAAUCAGUGUAACCUACAGUUUCGACAGUUAUCUGCUAGCAGAUAACUUGUAGUGACUAAUCUCUGAGUUGCACGCACAAUGCAUGAUUUACAAGAGCAAUGUCAGUGCAAUCCAUGUGAUGGUGUGUUUGCCGUUAUGGUUUUUCAUAACAAUGUAUAACAAAAUCGGAACAAUUGGAACAAUCAAAGUCUCGGUAAGUGUAAUCAGCCUUUACAAGGCAGGAAACAAUAAGAAAACAAUACAGAAUAUCUUUUUUGAGUUUUGCCUUGUACAUUUUAACCAUUUCAUUUAACUUUCAAUACAUUGCAGUACAAAUCCUUAUUAUUCGUUCAUGUGGCUUGUCUGUUGGGUAGUUAAUUUGUUUACGUGCCGUGAGAAAUGGGGCGUAAACAUACCAACUAAGGGACAGACAAGGCACGCAAACAUUUUUGUAUUAAUUCUAAAAGCCAUACAAGAGAGAAACCUCUGCUCGCAGUGUAGGUAUCAUUGAAACUGUUCUAGCUAAGGCUCCUAGUGGCCAUACUACAGUGUAUUAUGGCUGUGUACUUACCUUUGUCCCAUUUUUUCCUUAGAAACCCUGGUGCUACCCGUGAAGAGAAUAUUUGGAGUGGUUUGGUUUCUCUUGCUGUAGUGUUUCUUGUUCUCAGUCUUCUUGUCAUGCCAAAUGGUAAAUUUGAUUUUGUUCCUUAAUUUUUUGUUUGUUUAGUACAUUUAACAAUUUCUUGAAAAUCUUAUGAAUGCUGUUUAUGUUAAAAUUGAAAAGAGAGAAAAGUAAUCAUUUGUUUUUCUUUUGUUGGUGUAGGACCAUUCAUUCGCCCUCAUCCAGCACUUUGGAGGUUGAUAUUUGGUAUGAAAGCUCAGAUGAGUAUUCAUUGAAAUAUUAUUGUUAACAAUAUUAGCAUCAGCCCUUCCAAACACUCCUAGUGGGACUUGUGGCAACUCGGAUGAUCUUGUCAUCGACUUUUAAUGUCUCCUACACUCCUAAUUAUCAAUUCAAAUGAGGUGUAACAGACCCACCCUUUUGAAGAAAAAAGACAAUGAAGAAGAAGAAAAAAUUGCAUUUUGCCAAUGAAAAUUGUUAAGUUAAUUAAAGAACCAGUGAGAUUUCUGUACAUCCUCAAACAUUUAUUGUGUAUGCAGCAAUUUGAUGCUAUUUCACACAACGCAAAUAGUUAAUAUGCAAAGAGUCGAAACAUGUAUGCAUGAUAAAAUAUUUAAUUGGGGCUGUAAGAAAGUCUUACCAAAGAAGCAUUAAUAAGGACGCUACUUUUACUACUUUUUAUUACUUAAUUCGUUACCAUUGAUAAUAACUUGACUUGUAACUUGGGAGAUCUUUAUAAAUGUGGCUGCAGAUCUAGGAGUGUACAUGGUACACACUAAACUUGGUUAAAUUAAACUAAUUACUUGUCUUGUAUUUCAAUAGGUAUUAGUGUUCUUUACAUGAUGUUCCUGGCAUUUGCCUUGUUCCAAACUCGUGAUGACUUCCGAAAUAUUUUGUUCUUCUUCGAUCCUGCGUUAAUAGAUGAAGGACCGGAUACAAAGGUUAGAUUAUUGGUAGUGGAAGUAUAUAAAAUUGAUAGGAACAAAUGAGAAGGCAUUUAAUAGCAUGCUAUUGUUGUUCACUAGCACACAUGUAUACAAAUGUAACAGUGUAGUGAAGGUUGUGGGAGUGUUUGUGUUGUCCACAUAGCAGGUGCGUGCCCACAGUUGUAGCUCAGCUUAUAGACUAGGCUUGUGUUAGCAAUAUGUGUUUUUGUUCUGUACUUUGCAAAAGUAUGGCUAACAUACUUUUGCACCAUAUUAUUGUUGUAGCCUUUGCAGCAUUUUUUCUGUUCCCCUCUCUGUCCCUCCUUUUGUGGAGGCUUUUGGUUCUCUUUUUCUAGUUUGUUUCCUAUGGAAAUAGCCAGAGGUCAUGCUCAUAGAGUCCGAGGGAAAUCCAUGUGCCUCUGGCGUCAGUGACAGCCCUGUUAGGGCACCCAUCUUCCACUUGUGGUCGCACAACACUAAGCUCACACCACCAAUAGUGGCUAAUUGGUGGUACUGGCACACAAAAACAAUGUAAUGUUUAGGUAGCCGGCGUAGCAGGCACUGGUUGUUUAUUAUUUUUUACAGGCCUACUCAAGGUUUCUUUCCUCGCCCUAAAGAAACAGGCUACUGCUACACAGGCUAUCGUUUAGAGGGAUGUUUAAACUUAAUAAGCUACUAAAUACUUUUUUUUCAUGUUAGGAGUAUGCUGUGAACUGUUCUCAACUGACUUGGGAAAGGCUUUGGGGACACUGCGAUGUCUUUGCAUUUUCUCAUUUCUUUGGGUGGGCUCUGAAGGCAUUGCUUGUCCGUAAUGCCCCACUACUGUGGACCUCAAGUAUUAUGUGGGAGGUCACUGAGGUAAGCUGCAGAAUGCUGGAUAAGAUUACUAGAGAGAAGAAAAAAAGAGUCAAAAAAGACAUGUCAUGCCACAAAAAUUAGAAAUUGUAACCUGUCAUGUGGAAAUGUACACUACAUUAAAUGUUUUAAUGGCCUCAUGUUUCCAAAAAACAGGUGAUCAAGUUGUUGGAACAACCUGAUGUUUUCAAUGAUCGGUCAACCAAGCUGUUUAAACAGGCUGAUGUUUCUAGCAAGCGGGUGACCAAGCAGUUCUAACAGGUCAAAAAAAUUCAGCCUUGUUGGGACUCAAACCCUAACUCUAAGAUACUAGUGCAGUGCUCAAACCAAUUAAGCUAGAAUUAAACCAACUGGGAACUGGUCAUAAAAUUGGUUCGUAAUGAAGAUGAAAUAAUGAAGAUAUGAAUUUAUUUGAACUGCGGGUGAAUAAAAGAAUGCACAUGUAAAGAAGAUCAUCGUGGUUGAAGACACACGACCUGUAAAUGGCUUUUAGUUUAAGCCCUUAAUGGCCGGGCAGUGACCAGAAAACAACUUGACUAGCUUGUGCAAAACUUGUUUUUUGGCAAAAUUCCCAGGGGUGAAUUAGUUAAAGGGUUAAUAUCUUACUUAAAAUAAUUAUUGACUUGUAAUAAUAACCUUUCAGGUUUUCUUUUCUCACCUGUUACCCACACACGACCUGUAAAUGGCUUUUAGUUUAAGCCCUUAAUAGGCAGGCAGUGACCAGAAAACAACUCGACUAGCUUCUGCAAAACUUGUUUUUUGGCAAAAUUCCCAGGGGUGAAUUAGUUAAAGGGUUAAUAUCUUACUUAAAGUAAUUAUUGACUUGUAAUAAUAACCUUUCAGGUUUUCUUUUCUCACCUGUUACCCAAUUUUGCGGAAUGUUGGUGGGAUGCACUGGUUUUGGAUUUCUUGAUCUGUAAUGGCUUAGGAAUUCACUUUGGCCUCUAUGUUAGCAAGAAACUUGAGAUGCGCAACUAUCACUGGGAAAGCAUCAAGUAAAUUACAUCUAAGCAUUUUACUUGUGGUUUAAUAAUUUUUGUUUUUUAAUUUUUAUCAUCCUUGUAAUAUUGUAAUAUUUUUAUGCAGUUUGUUUUCUAAUAAUUAACUUUAAUUAUCUUAGGCCUGUUUAAUAGCACGACUUGGUUUCAGAUGUGGAAUUUAACUCAGUGGAAUAAAAUAGCUGUUGCGGAAAACAAAACUUAAAAAUAAAAAGUGCUUUUAAUUAGUGAACUUUUACAUGAAUGCUUGAGCACGGUGGUGGCUCUUUAUUUUGGUUUUAACCCUUUGAGCCCCAGCAUCCACAUACAAAUGCUCCAAACUGAUCUCCAUACAUUUCCUUAAAGAAUGAGUUGAGAGAAUUUGAUAAAAGAUCAAGGCAUUUUUACUUCGGGGAUCGUUUUAAUUAAUUCUCAUAACUUAUCUGUUGACAAUGUAUGGAUAUUGUUAGGAGAAAAUUGAUCUUGGUCAAUAUUGGGACUUAAAGGGUUAAACAUUGUGCUACUGCCAAACUUACAGUACCUGAAAGUCAAAUUUAAUUCAAUCAAUUGAGUUUGAGCACAACAGUAGCUAGCACAACUGUCAAUUCAGCUUUAAAGACUGGAUUAUACAGUCAAAAUGUUGUAUGAAAUGCUGGAAAAUUUUAUCAUUUACACUGUACAAUGCACAUUGAUUUGUCGAAUGAAAAAAAUCCACAAUGUCCAGUUUAUAACUGCAGAAAACUUUCUGUCAUUGAGUGUAUUGAUCAAUACCAUUUUGCUUUAUUUAAAGGGAUAUCCAUACUACAACAGGAAAGCUACAGCGUGCUGUUAUGCAGUUUACACCAGCAAGGUUUGUUUAUCAUCUUACUGGUACCAACAAACAUUUUUUCUGUGUUUAUAAAGAUUGAUCAACUCACUAGUUAAGUAGCUUGCUAUAGAGUACCGAUUGUCUUGCUGACUGACUGACACAAAGAUGCACUUCAGUGAUUGGCUGACUGGCUGACUGUAUGAUUAUCUGACUGUUUAGCUUACUGAUGGAGUGGCAGGCUGGCUGAUUUUCUGACUGACUUGACCGGCUAGUUAGCUGUUUGACUGGCUGGCUGGUUUAACUCUUGGCUGGUUACUAGUACAUGUAGCUGAUCGACCGUAGUUACUAAAACAAGGAAUGACCUACAAUGAUCUACAAUGACCUACAAUGACCUACAAUGAUCUACAAUGACCUACAAUGACCUACAAUGAUCUACAAUGACCUACAAUGAUCUACAAUGAGCUACUAUGAGCUGCUAGGAGCUAAAAUGAGUUAAAAUAAGCCCUACAAUGAGCUACAAAAUGACAGACAAUGAUGUUAAGCUACGUUUGUCGUGUGUCACGCUUGGACGUGACACUAGGCUCAUGGUAUUAAAUUGCCAAGCACAUUUUGAAAAGGCAAAACAAAAAUAAAGCCUGAUCUCAGGUAACUUGAGAAACUUGAAAAUAAAUUAUUGCAAUCGCGUUUUUACUGGUAACACUAUUAUACCCUGUAUUGAUGGAAGUCAUCCUGCGCCUGCGUGAAUCCUCUCACAGUAUUGUCACAGUACUGUGACUUUUGUCCAAACCAUCCCUCCCUUGCAACCUUUCCCGUUAGUUGUGUUUUGUGUUGUCUUUUUUUGCAAACAAAUUAAACAGUACUGUGACAAUACACUGGAUUCACACAGGCGCAGGAUGACUUCCAUCGAUACGGGGUAUAAUACUGUUACCGGUAAAAAUGCGAUUGCAAUAAUUUAUGUUCAAGUUUCUCAAGUUACCUGAGAUCAGGCUUUAUUUUUGUUUUGCCUUUUCAAAAUGUGCUUGGCAAUUUAAUACCAUGAGCUUAGUGUCACGUGCAAGCGUGACACAUUUUGUAGCUCAUUGUAGGGCUUAUUUUAACUCAUUUUAUACUUAUUUUAGCUCCUAGCAGCUCAUAGUAACUCAUUGUAGAUCAUUGUAGGUCAUUGUAGAUCAUUGUAGAUCAUUGUAGGUCAUUGUAGGUCAUUGUAGAUCAUUGUAGGUCAUUCCUUGUUUUAGUAACUACGGCUGAUUGACUCUUGGUCUAGCUGGUAAACCAAUUGACUGACUGGUUUAGCUUAUAAGCUACAGUGUAGCUGGCUGAAUAAUGACUGACUGAUACCAGUACAUGUAUAUCUGUCUGGAUUUGCAAAAACAUGGCUACAGAAAUCUCUCUUAUACACCCUCUGACUGAGUGUUUUGGUGGAGUAUGAUUUUUUUUUCUUAGUUACUUUUUAUCUAUUUAAUCAGUACCGAAUAGGCCACAGUAGAUAGACUUUGAUGAGUUUCUUGCUGGCUAUCAACCUAUUACCCACCCCCUGUCCCCCAAAACAAAAUGUUGUUCAUAACUUCCCAUAAUUCUCUCUGUAUGUCAGUUUGCAAUCAGUGCUCGUAUUAGACUGAACUCGGCUCUCAUAGUGGGUUGUCAUAGAGGUUUUUUGGCUGCCUUGAACAAAGUUUUCCGGAAGGCAACAUUAAGCCUUAUGAAGGAACAAUUCUCACGUCUGGCAAAGUCUGCUGCAUCCAAUGUCUUCUGGUAUUUCAUCUCAUUUUGGGCUACACGGGUGAUAGACUGAUCCCGGGCUUGAGACGGAAAGAUUGGAUAUUGCAAGCUUUGUUGUUAGCAGUAACAAGUCUUUGCCCUCACAAAGUAGGUUCUAGGGUUGAAAUCUAUUAGGCAAGAUGGAAAUUCAUGCUGAUUUCUGACCAGGCCAAAGACUUAGUAAAAAAUUGUGUGGAAGGCAGGGGCUGUAUGUCUCCUUUUCAACCGCUGGUUUACAUCCAGGAUCUUGAAUAAAUCGACUGUCAGUGAGUCGGGAAGAGUUCCAUGUGACGAUUUAUAUGGACAAAGCGAGAGUUUUACGGAGUAAUUUGACGAUGUUUCGCCCGUGCUAAGUGUGGAAGUAUUAUGAAUGGUUUUCGGAAGUGUUGUGAUUGCCGCCAAAGUCAUUAUUUUAUUGUGUGAUUUACCAAAAGUGUUGACAGACAAAUCUCAGGUAUGUGCGGUUGAGCUCGUGUUGCCAGAAUACUUUGUGCCAAGCAUAAAAAUGCUUCCUGAGUGUUCAGUUUAAGUGAUUUUGUCUUAGAAAGCCUAUUAUGUGCUCAAAGAUGGUGGAUUCUUAAUCUGUUUUCGGCCAACACUGAGCUGUGGGCCUCGCAGUUUAACUGACUAAAAGAUUACAAUUUCUUGACAUUUCAAAUGUUGUUUAUUUCAUCUCAAAAUCCUGUUACUUCUGCGAGAGAACUUUACGGUCUAUUGCCAACGAUAAUGAUGUCAUUGUUUAGCUUCAGCUAGUGACUUUUAGCUGCUUCCCAUUCCACUUAGAUGUCAAAUAGUUAAAAUGUACUUGAAAUUUCUUUAGCCACGUUUUAACAAAUCCAGACAGAUAUUGACGUAUUGAAAUACUGACCAACGAAUGGCUUAUUGACAAAUCAACAACGAUUUUCCAUGGUUAUACUCUUAUCGACCAUAGAAAUGACAUCAAAAUGGCUGAGUGCUAGUUUGUUUCACCGUCUAGCAAACCUUUAAGUUCUGACAAAUAAGUUAAGUUAAAACUAUUGCAUGAAUUUGACAUAAUAAUCCUGGGUGAAUGAUAAGUAUGUAGUACAUGGAGGUCACCGCUAACUGCUGUUAUUUUUUGUUACGUAAAGCUGGAGUCAUGUUCGCUGGAUGGACCCCAAAUGUUCAUACAUGAGAUUCCUUGCCAUAUAUCAGAUGAUGGUAAUAUCACAGGUAAGCACUUGAAUUUAUGUUAUUAUUAUUGUUAUUAUUAUUAUUAAAUUCAUCAUCAUCAUCAUCAUUAUCAUCGGUGCAGUGUUCCAGUUAAUUCUUUGAAGUGGGGUGUCAUGUAGACCAACUGAGGGGUCACCAAGACCACCUGCUAAUUUUUCUCGUCAUAAUUAACUUAAUCAUUAUACAUGUAUGUUAUCUGUCGGGUCAGGAAGCCUUCUUUGCCGAGUCAUUGACCCGAGACCUGUCUCUUAUCUGGAACACUGUUGCCAGUGCACUGAAGAAUUUCACAUCAGGUCCAUAUCAGCCUAUGGUAUGGCUGCUUUUUCUUAACCUACUCAAAUAAAAUGUAUUAUGUGACUGUGAGGCAUCUCCAAUUGGCUUGGUCUUAUCCACGAUGUUUUCCUCUGAGAAAUGCUUAUUGGGGUUGAUCCAUUCCUGAACUUGGUUGGAAAAGGAUUUCUAUGGUCUUAUUGAGGGUCUUCUCUCAUAAGAGGGCUCAUACCAUGCUUAGAUUUUGGGGAAGACACUGAUUGCUGAAUGUAGCCUGAGUUCUGGUGUUUUUUCCCAUAGAUCGUGGAGCUGAACACAUUUUUCCUAAAGCACAUCCUUUGGGUUCCAACCCCUCACUGGCUCAACGUUUAUCGCUUAGGCCUCAUCAGUCUCAUUGUUGCACCUUCAUUACGGUAAGCAACAUUGUCGUAACAGUUUUUGUCCAUAAAAAGCCUGGGUAUUUGGCGAUAUUGUCUGUCGAGCACGUAAAUGAGUAACAAAGUCCCGAGGAGAGUAGUGUGGAAUUCAAGCACCCUUUAGCCAAUCAAACCACAAGUGUGAAGGGUAAUUCAUGGGCUACAUUGUAGCACUCCUUAACCUUGUGUAGGCAGGUAUGUGCCACUGAUCAGGGUGUGGUUUUCCGGGUCUUGAGUCUUAAACAAGGUAUACAAUUUUACUAUUAAUUUUGGCAUCUUGAACAGGCUGUCUUUUUGGACCAGAGACCUUUGAAAAGGUGUGAAGGUGGGCGAUGAGUGGUUUACAUGUGUGGUACCAACAACUUUUUUUUCCAACAAAAUAAAUUUGAUGUUAUUUUAAAAAGUUACUUAAUUCUGAAUCUGAAAUGAAAUGAAUCAGGGUUGAGAAUAAACAGGGGAGCAAAAUGAGCAGUUUUUGCCUUAAACAGGGUCAGGAUUUAAAGGCCUCAUGAUCAGGGGCACACCUCUACCCACACUUCCCUCGAGUGACCCCCCCACCCCUCAGGGUUGACAUGUAGCUACUGUAAUUCACUAGCCCAAAUCCACUAAGGCAAAGUCAUAGAUUUUAAAUACUUUACUUUCAAAUUUUGAUUCCGGGUACAAAUUUUCUCUCAGCAUGUAUUCGCAAUGGGUUCUUUGCUACAUUCUAUCACACCAAGCAACAUGAAAAUUGUUUCUUUGUUGAAAAGUUUGAUGUAAACAUUCCUAUUUUUUUUAGUCAGUACUAUGUCUACAUAACAGAUGCUAGAAGCUAUCGUCUUGGAACUCAAGCAUGGGUUUUGAUGUAAGUUUAUUGAUCAACCAAAACUUCAAAUUCUGCGAUGUGAAGUUUUUUGUAAUUUUCCUGAAAUUAGUACAGGCUUGUAACUGUUUUAUCUGAACUCUACAGGUACGUGUGCUUAGUACAUUUGUAAACAAAAUGAAACAGAGGCCCUGGAGCAGGGUUGGAAGGUUAAAAUAGUGGCCAAGCUACAACAUCACAUGAAACAAAAUAUAUGCUUACCUUUUAACUGAUACCAUGAUAUUAAACUAAUACUCACUGAAGACAUGUACAUCUUUUGGUACCUCUUCACAUUUUGUUAUUAUUUAUUAGAGAGUUUAAGCUUCACGUAUACAGCAAACGGCAAAUGUCAGAUUCAAGUUGAGAGUGUCUCAAAAUGGAUUAUGAGCAGAUAAAAACAGCUUAAAACAGUUCUUAUGGAUAAAAAAUUCCAUGAAACUACUAAUUUAUGUGUAGAAAUAAUGAACAGUAAACAACAAUAUUGAUCAAUUGGGAAACUUGGUCACAUGGUUUAAAUUCGUGCUUGCCAUUUGAUGUAAACGUGAUGUUUAACCUCUCUAUUGUUUUGUUGUAAAAUACCGUAAAAUUCCGAAAAUAAGCCCUGGGGCUUAUAUUUUUCAAAGCGCCUUUUUUGAGGGGCUUAUCUUUGGAGGGGGUUAUAUUCGAAGGGGCUUAUGUACGGAGGGAAAUUUGCGUUUCCAAAUCGAUUCGGCUAGCUUGUAGUGGGAAGGAAAUUUACCAUUUCAGCUUUGUUUUUCUUUGUAUUCGAGAGCAAAUUCCAUGUACAAGCCCCCUGGUAGGCUUAUAUUCGGAGGGGCGAUUUAACAGAGGGUUUUUUGCGUUACGAUUUUGAGGGGCUAAAAUUUGGAGGGGCUUAUACAUGGAGGGGCUUAUUUUCGGAAUUUUACGUUAUGUAAACUUUUGACAUGCUGAAAAUGGUGAAAAUAGAUCUGCUGAUACUUUAAUUUACACUAUUGUUUUGUGUGAGUACAUAUUAUUAAAUGUUUCAGUGUUAUCACAUGUCUGGAGGCCCUCAUUUGCAUCAAAUAUGGACUGGAUAUGUUCAAGAAAACAGAAAUUGUUAGCAUUAUUCUUUGGCUCUUAGUCCAGGUAUUUACCUUUGAUUAGUCUUAGGCUUUGUUCACCUUAUACCGGUUAGCUUUUCGUGCCGACACUAUACUAUCCCAAAUAUUAUGAACACCCAUCCAUUUUAGAGAUCAUUUUAGACCUCUCCAUUUUAGAGAUCAGCACGGUGCAGCUUCACUCUGUUACAGAAAUCACACCAAAUUCACCAUCCCUACGUGUAAACAGAAGCCCUAUCCAGUAUGGUUUUCGUGCCAGCGAAAAAGCUACCUGGUAUGGUAUAGUGUGAACAAAACCUUACAGUACCCCCCCCCCCCUCCCCCCUCCAUAUUCCAGGUUUUUGCAUUAGUAUAAUAUGUUAUUUCUGACGAAUGAGCCCGCGAAGAAGACAGAAAUAAAUAUUUUGACGGCACGAGAUAAAAAAAGAGCCUGGGUACUAGGCCGGGUGCACCAUGGGUAGCCAUAUCGGGGGUAUAUAAGGCUGCGUAUAUCACGUGUACGUCAUCUAGGCUUACGAACCACCCUCUCUUUGGUUUUUCUUUAUUUUUGGUUUAUUUAUUUUUAGGAGCAACAUAUUCUCGAUGACAUUGUAAAGUCCCGUAGGAAGGGCUUUGAGCUUGAACCUUGGUUCCUACCCAGAUUUCCUACCCGCAUUUUUUCCCUUCGGGGUUUUUUUGGGCAGGGUUUUUCUGGCCUCCGUCUGACCGCAUUUACUUCAGUUUGUAAGCGGUAGCUCAGCUCUGCUAGUUUUCAGUUUUUUCCCGUUUCUUAUUUUAUGUACUUGUACAGUUAUCUUAGUUUUGCACCUACUCCUUUACUUGAUAUAUUUAGUUUCUAUGUAUAUCUAGGUCAGCUGUCCCGGAACCGCUCUUUAGGAGGCGACAUAAGUCUCGUUUGAUGCAGUUAGGUUGCAGGCAAAGUUACAGACUUCUAGCCAGGGUCGUUAUCGAUUUGUUUACUUUCAAUGUCCUGCCCUAGCCUUUUAUGGCAGCCUUACUGGUUAUUGGGCUACGUGCCUUGUUGGGUACAUUAGUGGAGAUAAUUCCCAGUUUUCCUGGCACUCAGCCUCUGUGCUCCUGAAGUGUUCCCGGUCCCAGUUAUCCGUUGAUCAGAGUUUUAUUAAAUUUCCCCAGACUAACUGGCAGCCUAACUGGCACUAAGCCUGCGUGCUUCUGUGGGGGACUCAGGUCGAGAUCGACCAGUUGUAGCAGAUCUCUCUUUUGCUUAGCCUCUGUGCUCCUACCGUGUUCCCUGUGCCAGUUAUGCGUUGUCAGAGUUUUAUUAAUUAGUUUCCCCAGCCUAACUGGCAGCCUAACUGGCACUAAGCCUGCGUGCUUAUUUGGGGGAUUUAGGUCGAGAUCGACCAGUUAUAGCAGUUUUUCUUUUUGCUUAGCCUCUGUGCUCCUACCGUGUUCCCUGUGCCAGCUAUAUGUUGUCAGAGUUUUAUUAAUUAGUUUCCCCAGCCUUACUGGCAGCCUAACUGGCACUAAGCCUGCGUGCUUCUUUGGGGGACUCAGGUCGAGAUCGACCAGUUGUAGCAGAUCUCUCUUUUGCUUAGCCUCUGUGCUCCUGCUGUGUUCCCUGUGCCAGUUAUGUGUUGUCAGAGUUUUAUUAAUUAGUUUCCCCAGCCUAACUGGCACUAAGCCUGCGUGCUUAUUUGGGGGAUUUAGGUCGAGAUCGACCAGUUAUAACAGUUUUUCUUUUUGCUUAGCCUCUGUGCUCCUACCGUGUUCCCUGUGCCAGCUAUAUGUUGUCAGAGUUUUAUUAAUUAGUUUCCCCAGAAUAACUGGCAGCCUAACUGGCACUAAGCCUGCGUGCUUAACUGGGGGAUUCAGGUCAAGAGCGAUCAUUUGUAGAACGAGUUUUUUCUUUUUGUGAAAGCUAGUUUACGAGUGUUGUACAUUAGGUAUUCACCAGUAAUCACCUAUCAUUGUCAUUAUUGUAUUUACAUAAGUACUUUGUAGGGUUGGUUCUCGCCAAGCCGUCCCAAAAUAAACUUAUUUGCCAAUACGUUUUGUCUGUUGAUGUUGUGUAGUGGAGUCAAAAUACGCACUUUUAUUUCACCAAGGACUAGCAGUACCACCUCUGUAAUAUAACGGCAGAUUGUGGAGUCCGUUUUAGGAAGGUUUCAUUGUUUAUUAAACUUUCUCUAAAUCGGUUUUGAAUUUCGUUUGUUUUUCUAAUUUUCCGAGUGGCACCAUAGACAACGUGAUUUCCGGUUAAUAAAAUAGAUGUUCUUUAAGGAAGGCAUGUAAUGAAUUGGACAGAGAAAGCCUGGUGAUAUAACAUUUAUGGUAUAUUUUUGUAUGUUUGUUCUUCCAGAUGGUAAUAAGCUUCUUUUUGCUGUAUUUCAUGGUUAUGACAAAGUCAAAGGUAUGUUGUCCAGGUUUAGGUUUGAGGACCCUUGAAUCUCAAAAUGCUGAUUGGUGGAGAUGACAUUAGUAAUGACGUCAUUACCCUUGGCACGUGUUUUUCAAUGUUUGUUUACACUUGCACUCGUUUCCGCUUCGCACUGAUUGGCGGAACUCUGAGAGCUCAGUUGACAGGGAGCCACAGGGGAAUUGGAAUAGGAAUUCAAAUUCCUGACACGUAGUUGCAAGUUAUCCUUCCUUUUCCUGCCCCACCACCUGAGCACGCCGGAGGGCUUGCUGGCAGGCUAGUCCAACUGAUUUUCCUAGUGGGAGCAUCCGUUUAUCAAUAAACUGAUGGUCAUAACUGAGCCCACUGUACAGAGCGCACGGUUAUCAGGCCCAGGAGUAAGCAACGCAUGCUGAACAAAGAUCUUGCUCAAUUCAUGCAGAGUCUUUCUCGAGUACUCCAAUCCGAUCGGGCAAGUGAAAGAAAAGCUCUGCUAGCUGGUUGGAGAGACUUGUGUGUCACGUCGUCAAAGUCCUCACGUUGUCUUUGCUGAAUUUGCCUGUUACUUUUAGUCAUAAUUGUAGCGUUGCCAUUCUUUGUAGUGCAUAUGUGUCAUAUACACUAUGCAACCAGUCUAAGCUUAAGAGUUAUAAUAAUGAAACCUUAACUACCCAGUUUGCUUCUUAAGUAUUGAAAAAUGCUGGGCUCAUAUUUUCCCAGUCAGUUAUAUCCUAAAAUUCUUUUCUAAUAACUGUCAUUUAAAGAAAAACCCUUUAAAGAGCUGACAAUGCCAAAAUUAAAAACUUAAGUUCAGCAUGAACAUGACUUAAUUGUUACUGUAACUGAAAAACUGUACAAAAGUUUUUACCUUAACCUACGACAAGAACUUAACCUUAACUGUGACACCUGUGAAAGACUUUUUCAUUAAAAAUUUUUAACUCUUAUUUGACAUAUUAAAAGGCUCUGUGCUCAUGUGUAACGUAAAUGAUGAUCAUCUAUUAUUCUCAAUGUCUUUGUUCAGGAAGGUGAUAAACUGAAGGCAAACAUUAUCAAGAAACUUAAAAUGCUCAAGAGAUACGUAAGAAAAAUCAAUAACUGGUCUAAUCUAGAAAGGGUGCUUCUCUGUGGUAAAGCAGGCUGUUAAUGCUGACUGUAAACAACACUGAUAAAAUUACAUUCAUUUGGCGAUUGGGUCUGGAUCGGUUUUGGGUUGAAUAGCACUAUGGGACUGUUGUAGAAAGCCAUCUCUUGUUUCAUUGGCUAAUUUGCGAAGUUGACAGGCUGGAAACUGGCUCCAAAUUCGUCCCCAAAAAUAGUCCCAUAAUGCAAUUUGACACAACACUACACCGACCCUUUCAACAUGACCAAUAGGCCAGUGCCUAACUGCCUAAAAUCUCUGCUUUCUCUCAGACAACAACUCACAAGUCAUUUUCUUUGUAACAGAAGGAUCCUUUUAUUAAAUGUGAUUCUAAACUUGUGUUUAAAGUUUAAGCGAUAACAUUAAGCAGCCUAAAGUUGACCAAUUUAGUUUAUUAUCAGUGCCAAAUAUUAAACAAUAAGGUUUUUAAUCAUUUUAAAAUCUAAAAUAUUUUCAUAUUUUGAUGGGAAUCAUACCAUUUUUAAAAUAGAACGUUUAAACUCUUUUUUGACGCAAUUCUUUUAAAAUCUCAAACCUUGACACUUUUUUAGCCAAGACAUUUAACCUUUUAAAUCAAAUAUUAAUGUAAAAAUAAUAAUUAAAGUGGACGCUCUUAGUUUUGAAUAAGUUUUCGGACCUCUGGCGCUUUUCGAACUCGUAGUCUACUGAUAGCCUGGAUGCCUGAGUAAAGUAGGAUUCCUGUCACUGGACGCCUACUUUAAGACACUGAUUUCUCUGUAAAUGAGCUUGGUAUCCAGAGAACUCACUACGUUUAAACUUUUCAUUUGUAGGGAAGCAGAAAGGCUCAGUUCUUAGAUGAAUUACCAGCCGAGGACUCGACCUCUAAAACCUUAAACUAUAUCAACGGCAAUCACUUCGUUCAAGAAGACAGCGAAAACGAGCUUGUCGUAGCUAAUGGUUACCGCAAUGGGCAAGUAGUGAAUGCCGAGCGAUAUACAACCGAGAGGAAUCUGAGAUCCACUAAACUCACCCAGGAUGCACCGCCGGAUUUUAAACCACCCGCUGAUACAAGUGAUUUGCAGGCUCAUGGAACUCGUAAGAGGAAAACAAGGAAAAGCGAGCUAGGAGGACAUUCCGGGAUUGGCAAUCAUGAAAUGAAAACCCGCCUCAGGACGCGAAAGUCUCAAGCAGGACUGUAACUAGCCAACUAGCUUAUACAGUAGCUCGCACGCAGACGUUCUUAGGGGUUCGUCACGCGUUGAUUGCGUGACGAGCCAAAAGAGUGUCUGCGUGAGAGGCUACCUAUACAGUAGCCAGAUUAAGAAGUUAUUCGCAUGACAUAAAUAUUAUGAAUGCGUUGUUUGCUUUGAUUUUUUGUGAGAGUACUGUAUAUGUUACCAUAGCAACUGACCAAUUGAUAUUAAACAUUUUCAAAGGAAUACGAAGGCUAUUUUACAAAUUAGAGACAAUCUUGAAAACAAACCCCAGAACCGCCCAACACUCAGAAGUUUAUUUAAACUGGUUACUAUAUUUUAUUCCCAGAAUGAAAUGUAAGAUGUAAUAUAUUUGCGUUUAGUAUUGGCCAAGCGUACGGUGAAGAUGGCUGAAUAUUGGCCAAGUUAUUUUUUUGCGUCUUAAAUAACCGAGACGAAGUCGAGGUCAAUUUAAACGCAAAAAAAGAACGAGAGCCAUUUUGACCGUACAAACUAGGUUAAUCAUGGCGUAGAUUCUCGCGAGCUUUGUGAAGCGAACAAAAAAAUCUUUUUGCAUUUUAAACUUUAUAGACUGAAGCCACUCAGCCAUUCUGUGUUAAUAUAUAGAUUUAGCCACGCUCUCUUUAGCAUUUCUCAUUUUCUAACCGCCGCUAUAUCAUUUUCAUGUUUUCUUCCAACAAAAUUAGUCUCCGUUGUUACCUAAUUUUUUCGCUUUAGCUCUUUCCCUGUUAUCUAAUUUAAUGGAGACAUUAAAUUUAGUGGAAAGAAAGACUCGUUUUUUUUUUGUUUUGUUUUUUCCUCUAAAAGUCCGGGCCGCGUGGCAAUGUGAUUUACCACCGAAACGAGCGAGGUGCUUGGAAUGCAAAAUUUCACCUCAGCUAUAACGUACUCCUCCCCCGACGGGCUGACUUCUGACUUCCUUCCCCCUCUCCCAGCGUCUGUACGGACGGGAGGUCGUACGCUGACGUCAUAGCCAAAUUUCCUCGGAUGGAUAGAUGACAAAAUUUUCUCAGCUAUGAGGCUCCGCUGUCGCGCGAGAGGAGCUCCGCUUAAAUGUAGUAUUUUAUCAGUAUAAUACAUUCAUGUACGAAUUAGGUACGUUAUUAAAGUAGACAUGUAUUGACUGACCUCACCAUUCAGUUCUUCUAGAGUAACGGCAUAGUGACUUUUCUAAAUUUGCAAUGAUGAAAGCGUUAAGUAAUAUUUCGUUAUGAAUUAUUGCUUAAAUUACAAUUUAUCCUGUGUUAAUGGUCGUCCUUAACCCUUUAAGUCCCAAUACUGACCAACUUCAAUUUUCUCCUAAUGAUAUCCAUACAUUGUCAAGAGACUAAGUUAUGAGAAUUAAUAAAAUGGUCACCUAAGAGAAAAUGCUUUGAUCUUUUAUCAAAUUCUCUCAACUCAUUCUU